AUGGAUCAAUGGAGUCAAUAUCAGAGUAUGCCCCACGAGAGCGUUAAUUGGGCCGAACUCGCGCAAAAAUGGAUGCAGAUGAAAUCGGUCGAGGACGAGGCGAGCCACGAGAGUCAAAAUUUCUAUCGUGGUUCUUUUGAACAUGGCAAUGGCAACGCGCCACGAUCGCUAUUCGCAUCAGUGAAGACGGAGGAGGCUCUUCUACAUGCGCCCGGGCCAUCAAGUGGAGGAUAUAAUGCGAGCUGGGAUUCGGGUGGGGUACCCCCACCACCGCCAAUAUCGAGAGGACCUCCACCGCCACCACCCAUGCAUCACAAUGCAAUGAACGGGCAACGAGGAGGAUACCAAGGACCGCCAAGACCAUUCCCGCCAAAUUUUCGACCAGGCCCUCCCGGUCCACCUUUUCCACCUGGGCCACCACCGCCGAACUAUGGACACAAUGACAACUAUUCAAGAAAUUCUGGUUACGACGACUACGAUGAGUAUGGAGAUCGGGGGGAACCGGCAAGAGGUGGCGGAUGGCAAGAAGACAACUACUACCAUCAACAGCAAUACGACGAUGGAACAGAGAGCGGACCAAUGGGCGCUUUGCCGAUGUGGCCACCGGACGAUUGGGCUCCUCCAUCUUCAAAUUUCUCACAAGGACCUCCCCAAUCACAUCCACCCUAUGGCGCCCCACCAAUGCGACCCACGCCUGGACAAUUUCCGCCAAGAGCUCCCAUUCCGCCACCAUACGGUGCUCCGUCGAUGGGUGUUCCACCGAUGAUGGGACGAGGAAUGGGACCUCCAAUGAGAAUGCCACCGAUGGGAAGAGGAUAUCCGACAAGAGGCCCACCACCUGGAUUUGUACCCCCGUCAGCUGCAUUUGGUGGUCCAAUGCCAAUGAACGAUUCCCCGAUGUUUCCGAAUAUUUCAGCAGAACAGCGCAAAAAGCUCCCGGCUUGGAUACUCGAGGGGUUGGAUAAGGCCGAAGUAGACAAGCACAAGCAAAGGGAGAAAGAAGAGGAGAUCCGACGAGUUGAGGAAGCUCGCGCAAGGAAGAGGGCUCUUGCUGGAAAAGGGAAAUUUGAUAGCUCCAGCGAAGAAGAGGACAAUAACGAUGCUGAUGAUGAACAUGAUUCAAAAGCUUCACCGUCAAGUCUUCCGGAGGGGGAACCGACAUUUAUGGCGCUCAAGCGAAAUCGGGAUCAAGUUCGCGGUGAACUGAGUGAUGAAGAGGAGGAGAGACCAACGGAAGAACAGAGACGAGCGAAUGCGAUGAAGGCGCUGAGAAAAAUCAUGACUGGUCUACUCCUUGAGGUCACCGAUCAUAAGCUAUUUGAAAUUUGCCAACAAACACACAAUAGUGAAAAGGCGAAAGCUGAACCUAAAAUCCUCGCUAAAAGUUCUGCACUUGCCGCUCUCGCGAAUCUCGGCGGUGAUGAGAGCGACGAGGACUCUGAGGAUGGGAGACGAGAGAAGAAACGCGAUGAUCGAAAUGGUUCGCCGAAAAGUGACGACUCGGGCGUUUUCAAGACACCAAUGAGUAUCCCGGUGCGAAAUUUGAGUAAGCCAACUGAACUCCCAACGAUGCCCAAUCAAGCUGCAGGAAUCAUCCCAGAGAAGCCAAAGGACACGGAGAAUAAAGCACCAAAGAUAGCUGAGCAAGAAGUAACGAAAAAUGGUGAUCAGGAAAAGAAAGACGAGCUUGAGAAAAGCUCGAAAGAUGAGAAGAGCAAAAAAUCGAGCAAGAGAAAGCACGAUAAGGAUUCCGGAUCACCUAGCAGACGGAAGCGCUCUCGAUCACGAGAUCGAAAACGUUCACGAAGUCGGGAUCGACGAUCUCGUAGUGGGAGUCGAGAGCGUAAAAGGAGCCGCUCACGGGAAAGAAGGCGAAGUCGCUCAAGAGACAGAGACAGGGAAAGGCGACGAUCGCGUUCAAGAGAUCGGGAGCGACGUCGUUCGAGGAGUCGAGGUCGUGAUCGAAAAAGAUCUCGCUCAAGAGGACGG